UGCAUUACACAUCGCCAUGUUCAGGUCGAGGAAAACGAAGGUUGCGCCAGGCGACAUCCGGCGUUACGAAACGCGACUGCGUUUCAACUACAGUUUUCCUCCUUCCCUUACCUGCAGACACUGAAUUUCUGGCUAUUCAAUUUGUGCUCGAAGAUUAUCCCAUCGGUGAUUUUGUGCCUAAUGACGUUUAUGAUUCUUGCCAAGCUCAAGAAGAUUCAACAGUUGAGUUCACGGUUUACGAGUGUCGAACGUGAUAAGCAGUAUCACAGGACGACGAACAUGAUUCUGAUCAUCAUGUUCAUUUUCAUCAUAGUCGAAUUACCGCAAGGAUUGCUAGCUGUUCUAUCUACCGUAACCGAACUGCAAUUAAUCGUUGUUC